AGGGACGUCCAGACAGGAAAUCAAAACGCUUGCUUUCAAAAUAAUUUACCUGUUGUUUUAAACUAGCCGUCACCAACGCGACUAUACAAAGCCGCGGCAGUUCAGGCAGAUCCUUGUGUGAGCUGUUUGUUUUAUAAAGUAGCAGAGCCGCCGCUGGAAUUGACUUUGUAGGGCACAGUGUGCGAGUGCACUCUUAUUGUGAAAGCCGACACGGGAAGUCGAGCUCCUGGGCUGCGGUCGACUUGACUCCGCCACAGAGAGCGACGGGCACACGGUGGCGACUUGAACGAAAACGGGGGAAGCUCGCACAAGAACCGGCCGGGCGGACGUCGGCGAGUCAAACAUGCCACAAGGCGAACGCUGAGCGUGGGUCCCAAACGACCGUGUUUAGCUGCAGUAGUUGGCGGCCACGCCCCGCAUCCACCGACCGGAGCCCGGGCGAAACUGCUGGCGGAGACGCGACGGCGAGGCGGGUCGAGAAGCCAGCAGGGCGGCUAGCGGCGCGCACAGCGCAGAGGAAGCAGCAUCGUCGGCCGCGCGGGGAGCCAUGAGGGAGUACAAAGUGGUGGUCCUCGGAUCCGGCGGGGUCGGCAAGUCCGCGCUCACCGUGCAGUUCGUGACGGGCUCCUUCAUCGAGAAGUACGACCCCACGAUAGAGGACUUCUACCGGAAGGAGAUCGAGGUGGACUCGUCGCCGUCCGUGCUGGAGAUCCUGGACACGGCGGGCACCGAGCAGUUCGCCUCCAUGCGGGACCUGUACAUCAAGAACGGCCAGGGCUUCAUCCUGGUCUACAGCCUGGUGAACCAGCAGAGCUUCCAGGACAUCAAGCCGAUGCGGGACCAGAUCAUCCGGGUGAAGCGGUACGAGCGGGUGCCCAUGAUCCUGGUGGGCAACAAGGUGGACCUGGAGGGCGAGCGGGAGGUGUCGUCCGGCGAGGGCAAGGCGCUGGCGGACGAGUGGAACUGCCCGUUCAUGGAAACCUCGGCCAAAAACAAAAGCUCCGUGGACGAACUGUUCGCCGAGAUCGUGCGGCAGAUGAACUAUGCCUCGACCCCGAACGGCGACGACCAGUGCUGCUCGUCCUGUGUCAUACUCUAAAGAAACAACGGCGGCAACAAGGACAACCAUUGACUUUUAUUCUUUGCUCGGUUUUAAGUUUGCAAUGUGUGUUGCAGCAAGUGUGUACUCUUCUUCGUGUCUCGCCCGGCCUUGGAGGAAAAUGAAGGGAAGAAUGCUGCAGGGGGGAUGAGAGGAGGAGGAAGAAGAAGAAGAAGGGGGGAGCAACUGAGACAGAGGGAGGGGUCCACUCUUCAGGAAUUCUGCUGGGUUGGAGUAACUCCGCUGCACGAUCGGUGUCCACCGUCGAAGUCAACACAGUGUCAGACCCCCCCCCCCCCUCCCGCCAGUUCCAACUGUACUCUCGACUGGAACUUAACCCCGAUGGAAAGGAUACGGAGAGCAACACUUAGAUUCUCAUAAAUGGAUAUUUCUGUAUAAGAAGAAGACACAGCGAGAGAGAGUAUAUUUUGUUAAACGACUGCACAGUCUGGGGGCAGGUACAGAUUUACGUGAUGUCUCUGCCUAACCCGUUUCGGAGCGAUGCCCCACUACACUCCAAAUCCUAUUUUUCUCCAAAGUCAAAAGAAACUGACACAUUUAUCUGCUGGUGGAGUAAACGUGAUGUGUGCCACUUUUUUUUCUUCCCCCCCCCCCCUCAUCUCCUCUUCGCCGCGUGAGAGGACAUUUCAACUGAAGUGACAUGGGGACGGCGACCUGAUCGCCCUUGUGUCGAGUGCCUUUCCAAAAACAAAUCAGCUGUUCAGAUUUAGUGCCAACCUUCAUGUAUCACCAAAAGAACUCCUCGGCGUGGCAAUCCUCAAACUAGUGAACUGUUCUCCGGGAUAAUCUUGUAAGGGUGGAGGCUUGGGGGGGAAAAAAGAAAACACGAAAAAAAACCCCACAAUAGGCUUUUUGUUGAUGGAAUGGCAGUUUUCUGUAUGUUUUACGUUGGCCUUUUUGGAGUCUAAGGUGUUCACUUUUGCAAUGUCUGCUUGGUCUGGCCGAACCUAUAUCUUGAAAUGAACAGGUACUGGAACCCCCUAGACGUGACGACAACACCAGGCGCUCGCCUGCCAGACCACUUAAAUCAAAGGAAUUCAGUUUGUUCUGUUUAUUUUGUUGUUUUUAACAGGAAAUGUGAUGAUGUACCGUUGACAAAAUCUAACCUGAUUGUAAGUUUAACUUCAGAGCAGCCUUUAAACAGUGGGCUGUCUGUUUGAAAAAAAAAAAAACAAGACUUUUAAUACAAAUUGCAUUUUUUUU